CCGGGGCGGUGCGUGCUCAAGGCGAUGGCGUUCCAGUAGCAACGGCGGCGGCGGCAGCAGCGGUUUCCCUCCUUCCCACCUCUUCCGUCGUCGGGACCGGGUGGCGCGGCCAUGGCCAGGGGCCAGGCGGCCGCGGCCACGGCUGUGAGCGGCGGGAGGCGGGCGCUGCUGCUGCUGCGGCCGCGCGGUGCGGACGGCGCCCUCCCGCCCGCCGCUGCCGCCGCCGCCGCCUCACGUGACGGCCGCGCGCCCCCCUCCCCCGCGCGCCGUUGCCUCGGCGACUGGCAGCGCCCGGCCGCGCCGCCGGGCUCCGGGGCGGCCGUUACGGCCGUUAACGGCAGCGCGGGGUGGGGCGGGCGCGUGAGCCGCCGCCGCUGCGGCGGGGAGCGGGAUGUAAGCAUCUCUGCAUCAUCAUCUUUACCAAGCAAAGGGAAUAUUUCCUUAUUGGGAAAUAGGAAGCUUUUUUUUGACACUCAUGCGCUGGUAUGCCUCUUGGAAGAAAAUGGUUUCACUACUCAGCAGUCGGAGGUCAUUGUAUCUGCAUUAGUGAAAAUUAUGAACACCAACCUGGAUAUGAUUUACAAGGACAUGGUCACCAAAGUACAGCAGGAAAUUGCACUUCAGCAAGUAAUGUCCCAUAUUGGUGGUGUGAAAAAGGACAUGAUUAUUUUGGAAAAAAGUGAAUUUUCAGCACUUCGUUCAGAAAAUGAGAAAAUAAAACUUGAACUCCAGCAGAUAAAGAAGCAAGUCAUGGAUGAAAUUACCAAAGUUCGUGCAGAUAACAAGUUAAACCUAAACCUAGAGAAGAGCAGAGUAAAAGAAUUGUACUCACUUAAUGAAAGAAAACUACUUGAAAUGAGGACAGAAAUAGUGGAAUUGCAUGCACAACAAGAUCGAGCUUUGACCCAAACAGACCGAAAAAUAGACACAGAAGUUGCAGACCUGAAAACGAUGCUCGAAUCGCACAAACUUGAUAAUAUUAAGUACUUAGCAGGUUCAGUAUUUACAUGCCUUACUGUAGCACUGGGAUUUUAUCGUUUAUGGAUAUAAUAAAACAUCAAUGUAAAGGGACUUCUACUGUCUCGUUUUCUGAAAAAAAAAAAAAGAAGUUUUAUCUUUGCCUGGACUUUAACCAAGUCUUGACUGUUUUAUUUAUUUUUUUUGUAAAGCAGACUGUAUUGAGAAUGUAACCAAAGAUGUGCCUAGAAACAAACUGUACACAUAUAGUGCAUAUUUUGAAACUUACCUCCGAUGAAAGCAUGGUAUGCGCUUUUCUGCCAUUUCCCUCCAUUCUGAACUGCAAUACACCUUGCUGCUACAAUGCAUCAUGUAAGUGAAGACUGGCAUUCGUACCAAUGGCAUGGGGCUGCGUGCUAUAGAGAAGAAUCUACAGAAUUAUGUUCCCUUGCCUAUUCAGACAUGCUUGCCAGAGUCAGUUGCAUGUAUCAGACUGAAGUUUUGAUGAUUAAUGUAAAACUGAAACUACAUGUUUUGUGGCUUGGAGGCACUCUUGUUUAAGUAGAAUUUGUGUUAACUGAAUCAUGCUUGCUUACUUCCCUCCUUCUAACACUUGUUCAUACAGUUACUAUGAUCAAAUAUUUGUUUUUCUAUUUUUAUAACAUAGUUAUCAGCUUGUUUUCCAGAUGGCCAUCCAAUCAGUCAUCUGUCAUGAAAGAGUACUGUGUAAUGACAGCAGUGUUUGUUUGCUGCUAGUUUUCUUUGUAAUAUAUUUGUAGAGGUUUUUGUGACUAACUUGCCUUUGGUACAUAUAAGUAUCUGAUACUCAUUCCAUAUGCUAAUAGUUAACUUGACCACUGUAACUGGAAGGUUGAAAGGCAGUAAAAUACACUAGUUGUGUUAAUUUACAGUUAAGUGAUACAAAGUGUCUCUGGUGCUGCCUUCCUGAUGGAAGGGAAUUGAUGCUUCUAGCAAGGAAAGAGAUUUUGAAUGGUGGUUAUGAAGCAAGAGACCUGCAAUACUGACAGUCUUCUGGGGUUUUUGUUGUUUUACUUUAAAAAAUAAAAAUAAAAAAAUCCUGUUGAUUCUUCAGAUGUGGAACUUUGAUGGUGAUUAUAAUAAUGAAAGCAGUAAUGGAGACCAGCGAGGAUGUUUAAUACAGUUCUGAGCAAGCCCAUGUAAGUGCAACUGAAAGCAAUGAAGGCAGCCGUUCAGUGCAUCCAGAUAGCUGUCAUUCUUCCACUGAUGAAACGACUGCUUUAGUAGCAGAGCUGCCGUCUAUGUUCCUUCAGUUAAGGGAAAUUUCCCUUUCUUGCUUGGCCUCAGGAGGAGAGAACAAUCUAUGCACUGGUAAUAAAUGCUGUUAGAGCACAAUCACAGCUUUGCUUAAGGAAAGUAAAGCUGUUUGGCUACUUUGUGCCUGUACUGUAAUAACCAUUUAACGUUUUUGGUGGUUGGGAGUGCCAACUUUAAUCAUAUGCAAGUGCGGAGCAGGAGAUGAAUGUCUGUAACAAUACUAUACUGGCCGGAAAUAAAGAAUUUUGAAUAUUUCAUAGAA